GGCGGCAAGUCAGUAAAUAUAAAACAAACAAACUGCGUAGUGCGAUUUGUUGUUGUUAUUGCUGUGCAUUACAACGCGCUGAACAAGCAAGAAAAGUGAACAAGUUCGUCACCGCUAUAAAAUAAAAUACAACAACAACAAAAUAUGUAUUACAGAAAUUAAAAUAAGAACCGCAGCAAUACUAAAGAAUUCCACAACAACAACAACAAAACAUCAUCUACAGAUUUCGCCUUGUGCAUAUGACGAGCUCAUUUUUCUCGUGCAACAAGCGGCAAAAGUAUUUUUUCACAAAAUCAAACAAGCAGUCCCAACAGCCCCAGCAACAACACAACAGCUGCAAAUAACUGAGAAAAUAUUUUUGCAUCUCAUUUUCAAUGAAAUUAAGAUAUUGUAAAAACAGCGUGUGUAUGCUCAAACUUGCUUUAUAUCACUCACAAACAUUUGCAUAUUAAAUAUUAGCAAAAGAAAAAACUAAACUCGAAAGCUAAACAAAUAAACACAAAGUCCACUCAUAAAAACCAAUACCAAUCUUAAAAGUGCUAACUACUGCUCUAUAAGUAUACCCGCAAAAAAGACUCCUUCUCCAAGCUACCCGCAAAAUUAUCUAAAAUAUCUUCAUAUUUUCACUAAGUUAGUGCCCGCAAAAAUAUUUUGAAACUUGUGAAGCUUGUAAAUUUGGCGUGAAAGCUCUCCGAACAAAAGCUUUAAGUGAAAAAAGUGCAAAGGUAAUAAACGGAGCAAUAGUGUGCAGCUGCAAAGGAGCUUGAAAACAAAGCUUGAAAGAAAGCCCGUAAUUUUGAGCUUUGAAACCAAUUUGUCAACCGCUUCCCUUUUUACCCAGGCUUUUACCCACACAUUUAUAUACAAAACGCUAAAUCUAUAUAUUUAUAUAGCAAGAAAGCAAAUUAAAGCGAAAAAGUGAAUUUAUUUUUAAUACCAAAGCUUCUACUGUUACCAAGCGUGUGCAAAUUUUUAAAUUGGUUUCGAUAAUUUAUUGUUGUGCGCCCCAAAAAAGCUGCUGCAGUAAAAUAUUUAAAUUACAUAGUUGCAAGACUUAAACGAGUAGUACUCUUGCGUUACUGUUUUACGUAGCUUACGCAUCUGGCAGCGAGCUUUCAGGAAAGCUCCAAAAAUAGGGCGUAAAGCAACGAAAGGAGCUUGCUGGAAUAAACUAUCCGAAAACACUGAAACCAACAAAUAAUUUUGAACUUCUAGUCAACGACUAAACCGCGUUGCCAUAACAACGAACCGCGAUUCGGACAAACGUGCGCUGAUAAGUUCCAACAUUCAGUUAACCACGCCGUAAACGUCAAACAUAUUUCGCAUAAUUCGUAAAACUCAAAUUUACAAUUUUUUAAAACCGGAGUUUUUCAAAAAAAUUCAUACGAGUAUAACUGACAAAAGACCGCAAAAAGUAUUCUCUUGUUAAAUUAUACAAACAAAAAAAUUAAGAAAGAAAUCAACAACGAAGUCAGCAAAGGAAAAACAAAAUCGGUUGCAGAUUAGUGAAAGCUCUCGUGUAAAAGCGGCAAAAGCACAACAGUGCCCCGAAGGAAGCUACAAAAUAUUCGCAUUGAUAACAGCUCAUAGAGAGAAGAAUUUGUGGUCAAAUAAUAACAAAAAAAGUCUCGAAGACUACUACGCGUAAAUUUCAAAAGCUCCUUGUACAACUACCAAGUGCAGGCACAUGUAAAGUGGUGCAAGCGGCUAUAAAACAAAAAAUAAAGAAAAAUCAGAAACUCCCCUACCCGUGUUUGAACCCGUAACCAAACAACUGUGAAAAUUGAUAAAACUCAAUUAAUUUUACCAAUAAACCCCCAAUUCAAAUAACUCUUUGUGAACACUCUCAUAAAAACAACAACUAUAAUAACAAAAUGGCAGCUGUCGUCCAUGUGAAUAGCCUGUUGAAUGGCAAAGAUUCACGCUGGCUCCAAUUGGAGGUGUGCCGUGAAUUUCAGAGGAAUAAAUGCUCCCGCCAAGAUACCGAAUGCAAAUUCGCUCAUCCGCCCGCCAAUGUCGAGGUACAGAAUGGAAAGGUGACCGCUUGCUAUGACAGCAUUAAGGGUCGCUGUAAUCGUGAUAAACCGCCGUGCAAAUAUUUUCAUCCACCACAGCAUUUGAAGGAUCAAUUAUUGAUAAAUGGACGAAACCAUCUUGCCUUGAAGAAUGCACUGAUGCAACAGAUGGGUAUGGCAACUGGACAGCAAGUCAUACCGGGACAAGUGCCAGCCGUGCCUCUUGUUUAUUCACAGGCCACAAAUCCCUACUUAACCGGCAUACCGGCCAAUCCGUACCCUAGUCCAUACUAUGCGCCUGGAACUUUAGUGCCUGCAUUACUCGGACCAGAUCACACACAGUUGGGUCAAGUGGUGCCACAAACGGUACAAGUGGCACAGCAGAAAAUCCCACGAUCCGAUCGAUUAGAGCACCAUCAUUCGACCACUAACAUGCCGUCGUCAGCUGCCGUCGUCGCUGCCGCAGCCGCUGCUGCCCAACAGCAGGCCGCCCAAGCUCAGGUCCAGGCUCAGGGCACAACGCAGACGAACGCCGCCAAUGCUGCUGCCGUCGCCGCUGCCGCUGCACUCGCUAUGGGUGCCGCAGGCGGUGGUGUGGGAGCGAGCGCUGGCGCUCAUCAUGCACAGCAUCAUCAUCAUCAUCAACUGGAAGUGGGCAAGAAACGUGCCGCCGCGGACAAUGACAUGUUACAACUGAUGGAUGUUAAAACGGUUGGUUCAUUUUACUAUGAAAAUUUCGCUUUUUCCGGAAUGGUACCGUUCAAGCGUCCCGCUGCCGAGAAAUCCGGUAUUCCAGUGUAUCAACCCGGCGCGACCACCUACCAGCAACUCAUGCAACUGCAACAGCCAUUCGUACCAGUGUCAUGUGAGUACCAAUCUCAAAAUGGUGGGACGCCAUUGAGCGCCACUACCACUACCUCUACUUUGAGUACUUCUACUACUACUACUACUACUACCAAUAUGAAUCCGUAUAAUGCUACUACUGCAACAGCAGCAGCACAAGCAGACGCCGCCACAGCAGCCGCAACAAAAACAACAGCGGCGGCUACAAUUGGUGCCGCCACAUUUUUAGGUGCUAGUAUCACAACACAACAACAACAACAACAGAUUGAACAGCAUCACCACCAACAACAACAGCUACACAAUCAGCAAAUGCAACAACAGUUGCAUCUGUUACCGCCACCACCACCAACCACAACCACACCACCAACAACAACAACUGUCACUUCCAAUUAUCAUUUACACCAACAUUAUAGUAACAAUAGCACCCUGUAUAAUAUUAAUAAUAACAACAACAACAAUAUCAAUAAAAACAAAGACAAUAGCAACAACAACAUUAGCGCUCUAACAACCCCACCCAAAUCCAAUUCCCCUUCCGCUAGCAUACAUUCGACCCCAAACACAGAUUCAUUGCAAAUAACAACACCGACAUCAUCACCAUCAGAAACAACAACAACAACGGCAGAUGUUAGUAGUUUCUAUGAGUCAAGUAGUAGUAGCACAUACACGCAGGCUAGUAACGGUAAUCACAACGGCGAUCAAGACGGCAAUGAGGCGUCGUCAAUGCUCCCGCCAACAUCAACGUCGUCGCCAGGCGGCGCAACAACAAUUUCGUCAGCGUAUAUGCCAUACAACAAUGGCGAUAGUAAUUUGACUAGUAGCAACAACAACAAUAAUAAUAACAAUAAUGUAUUAUAUGUGAAUAAUAAUAUUUUGAGUAACGGUAGUAAUAAGUUAGCUCCCACAACAACACCAACAACAAAAGCUAGUGCGACAGCAGCAGCAGCAGGUGAAGAUGAUGAUGACAUUGCUGAUGGCAACGAUGCUGUCGCGCCAACAGCCGUUACAUCAGCAAUUGUUGGCGCUGUCCCAACAACCACUUCAGCGAGUAGCAAUUCGCUCUUCGCUGCCUCUGCUAGCGCACACACUUACGACACCACAACAACAGCAAAAUCAUCGGCACUAACAGCACACACAGCCAAUGCUAGCGCUAGUAGAAACGAUAAAGACCCUAUUGAAGAUAGCAAUAACAACAACAGCAACAAACCCUACUUUAGCAACAGCAAAUACAGCUACAACGCUUCGGCUAACCCUUACAGCGUCGCCAAUUCACCUGUCAAAUAUGCCACACAUAAGACAUCAAGCGCCGCCGCUAAUGAGGCAGCUCAAUCCGCGUAUGCCGCCUACGCCUACCAAGCACAGGCGGCCCAAGCCGCACAAUCUCAUGCGUCCGCGGUCGCCUCCUCCACUUACCCGUCCACCAGUUUGUCCAACGGCGCACACAGUGACACACAGUCAUACAGCGUCUACAACGGCCUGAAUGGACAUGCCACCUCAGUCGCCGGCAUAUUGCCGACUCCGCAUUCAGCUGCCCCAACGGCGGUUUCCGCUGCCUCUGCAGUUGCCUACCAGCAGGCACAUCAGCAGCAGCAGCAACAACAACAACAAAUGUUUCGUCUCUAUAAUCAGUACGCUGGCGUGCCCACCAGCGCUACCACUUCUUAUGCCAACUUGCUGGCUGCUUCGCAUGCCGGUUAUGCCACACCCACAACCACUAUGGCUCACAUGUCGGCGGCAGCAGGCAUGACUGUGCCUUCGUAUGCCACUGCCUACGGCGUUCCCGCUUCGUCGGCAGCUGGCGCAGCUACACUGACACCCACAUACGCCUACAGCGCUUAUGGCAGUGCCACACCCACCGGCUAUUAUGCCGAUGCCAGCGCUCUAGCCAAAGAGGCCGCCCAAAAGUACCAUGCCAACGCUAUGAAAAUGGCUGCCGCGGUCAAUGCUAAUCAACUGAGCGGCAAACCGCUUACUGCAGUUGCCGCUGGUGGCAUGGCCGGUUUACAGCUAGGUAAGGCUUACAUGACCGCCAUGCCUGGCAGCGCUAAUGCUAUAGUUGCCCACCAGCAGCAGCUCUCACUCUUACAGGCACACCAUAUCGCACAAGCGCAGCACGCCGCCGCUGCAGCUGCCGCUACUCGUUCAGCGCUAGCGGCGAGCUCAUUGUCCAGCUCAGGCAUGUCAACGCCCGUUGGCACGCCGGUACAUACGCCCACACCAGGCGCUGCUGGCGUGGCAGCGAGCGGUCUGCUAACGCGGCCCUCUUCCGCCGCCGGCAGUUAUAUCAGCGCAGCUACAACACAUACCGCGCUGCGUCCGCAAGCAGUGCAGCUGGCUGCCGCACCUACCGCCAGCAAUUCGCCAUACGCGGCCGCAGCCGCAGCGGCUGCCAUGCAACAACAGGGCUUCUUCUACCCAGCUGGCAUGAUGACUGCACCGGCGACGGCCGCAUAUCCGUAUGCAGCGAUCGGUGGCAUACCGACUGCUAUGCCAACGGCAGCUGGCAUGCCAACCGCGCUCUCUGGCAUGACCGCUGCGCCGGCCAGUGCGGCGGGCAGUGCCAUGGUGCUUAAUCCAUACAAGAAAAUGAAGACCUCGUAAGCAGUUGGCUUUUUGGAGGCGUUUAACCAUACGCGCACAUAAAAUCCCAUAGACUUACAAUACCAAACGAAUAUGACAAACUAAUUUGUUAGCUAAGUCUAGCAUGCAAGGGCAAGGCGCUGCGUUUCAUCCUUUUUACCUAAACAUGAGAGUUUAUUCAAAGCUUUUAUGGCGGCGCUUUACCAAUGCACUUGUACUUAAAAAGCUACUUAAACAUACUUUGAAAAUACAAAACAAAAGAAUGUACAUUCUCAUUCGGACUUACAAACAGACAAUUUUAAUAUAAUCGUGCCUACUGUUUGGGUAUAACCUAAAGUGAAAACUCUCAUAAGCAUUAAAAAGCUUAGAUACAUGUUAGAAAUAGAGUUAUAAAGAAAAUAAAUAAAAUGCAUCACAACGAAGUAAAGGAAUACUCUAACAAUGCCCACAAAUCCUUCACAUCAAUAUUAAACUCCACAUUGAGCUUUCACGCAUACAUGGGAGUUUGCAUAUAAACUUAAAAUAAACUACUGAAGAACAAUAGCAGUUUAAUUUAGUGACUUAAAAGUUAGGGGCACUCCAAUUUCACAUAUUUUGUUGUAUACAGCGGCUCGCUGUAGAAUUAUUUAAAAAGCUUUAAGUUGCCAUACAACAUGAGAUUUACCAUGUUUAUGAAUUAAAAAUUAAUCCUGCUUUAAGCAACAAGGUUAAUACAAGUAGCUGUUAGCAGUUGAGCAGAACUUAAAGCGCAAUUUGUCAAAGCUCGAGAGCUUUUAAUUCAGCAAGUUAUGCUUAACUGUAUAAUCCCAGCUUAAUUCAUGCCAUUCUAACUAAUUAUAUUCUUGUAGCCAUUAAUUUUCGAUUUUCUAUUAAAUAUUUUAAGAAUAUUUGAUUAAGGCGGAGUGUGAGCUUAUCAAAAAUUUCUUUUUUUCCAAUAUUUUCGAUACCUAACAAAAAUAUAAAAAAACAACGAAACAAAAGUAUUUAGAUAAAAUUAAUGCUCUGUUGGUAUUUGUCAUGUUUUCGCACAAUUACAUAAAAGCUAAAAAAGCUUUGCUAAUGUGUAAGCUUUCACAAUAAUUCGUACAACUAACGAACUACUGCGAUAGCGCGAAAUUUAAGAAGCUUGUUUAGAGAAAAUUAUUUGCAACACUUAAGCUAAUUGUAAAAGUUACAAGAAAGCAUUUUCAAUACGAGUACGCAAAUGAAAGCUAAAUCAAUUAACGUAUUUCAGCAACAAGCUAAAAAAAUCAUUUGACAAUGACAAUGUUAUGCCAAAAGCCGAAACUAUUGAUAAAACGGAAAUUUACUAUCAAGAAGCUUUCACAGAUUUUUAUAAAUAUGCUACGUUUUAAUUUUACCGACGUUCCUAUGUAGCCAUAAAAUGCUUCGAAUUAUGUUCACCCUGCUCCCGCAAUGAUGAAUGGAAGCAAAAACUAAUUACAUCCCAGUGGUUUUAAAAUGAAAGCUCUUUACAAAAGUGUUUACUAUAUAAAUCAAGGCAUAAUUUUUUAACAGUAGGUGGCGCUGUAGUAGUUAGCAAAAAUAGCAACGCAGCAAAACAAUAUGCACUAGAAGUAGUCAGAGCUGCGCAAACUUAGUGAAAGCUCUACGCAAGUAGUGAAAGCUGCACAAACUUAAUGAAAGCUUUGCGCAAGUAGUGAAAGCUUUUUUUUACUACUUAUAUAGUACAGCAUACUCUUAACAACCUAGCAUUAGCUUCGAAGAAUUGCUGUGAAUAAAUCUGAGAAAGCGUAUUUAAAGCUUACGCGCUCUCUCUCGCGUCUUGUUGUGCCCAUCAAACUUCAUUUACGCAGUUGACGUGUCGCUUUGAAAGACGCUAGAUUUUUAUUUUUUUGCAGUGACACUGUUAAUAAUUUUCUUAGUUUAUAAUGUGUAUAUUAGCUGUAAGUAGUUUACGUCCCAGUUUGUGCUGUGUAUUAUCUCAUAUAUACACUCACGCACAUACACAACUAUUACUCUUUCCCUCUUUAUCUACAUAGUUGACAUGCUCAUUCGAUAUAUAACUCUCGAUUGUUAUCGAAAGUAUUUGUACACAUACAUAUACACGUUUCAGUUCGAACACUGCCGCGCCUAGCAGCGCUAGGAGUAUUUGCACAAAUAUCGUAAACAUUUGAGCAUAUUUCUCUACUCACUUUUAGUUUUUUAAGACACAUUUUCCUAUAAAUAAUUUAUUUAUUUUUCAACCUUCAAUUGUUCCUUCAAUUAACUUAAGUAUAUGUUCUAUGCAAUACAUGUACAACAACAAAUUCACCGAGUGUGCGUUGUGUGAGGGCAGCGCUCUCAAUACGCCAUGCGCUCUGCGCUCAUUUGCGAUACACUGCAAAAAAUUUAUACGUAUGACUUACUAACUAUUUUUACUAGCGUAGUUUCUUGUUUUUUGUGUUAUUUUUAAAGCAUUCAAUAUAGAUUUAUGUAGUUGUUUUAGCGUUUAGUUAUAGUCUAGGUGUUUUAAAUCUACAAAUAAUUGUUUUUCAAUUAGUAUUAGUCGUUUGGCAAGCAAUUAUUAAAGAGUAUUUAAGCAUUUACAUUUGUUCUCUUAGUUUACGCGCUCAAAAGAACUCUAUGUGCUAGUUGUUAGUAUUUUUUUGUUUUUGUGCAUAUUUAUUACAGU